UGCGACAAUUAACCCAUGUGGACCGUGUUGACAAAAUGACUACAUCCCUUCUAACUGCUCUGAGCAUUCUUAUCAAACCAAUUCGAGAGACCCAUUUGGGAGGCGUGACACCACAGGAGGCGCUGUUGUCUGCCCUCCAGAGGAACCAGGUGGAACUGCAGGAGCGUCUGGCAGCUGUCGAGCUGGAAGAGGCCCGGUGUCUCCUGGAGGAAGUUAGGGGGGAGGUGCCAUGGUUCUGUGCUGACACCGAGGACCUCACUUGGCGCUUUGUGCAGGAGUGCCUGCUCCUGUUGCUCUGCCUGGCACGGCACCUCAGCCGGCUCCUGGAGGCUUUCAGUCAGAGCCAAACGGGCCCUGCUCCUGCGAAGCCCCACCCUCCUGAAACCGCCCCGCCUCUCCCUCCAGAUGUGCUCAGCGUUGCUCAGCAGAAGACCCUGGGCUCUGGGCUACAGUUCCUCGUCACCCUGGGCCUCUGCCCGUACUUGUCUCUCGGUGUGGGAGUCAGCCUGGGUCUGCGCUCUGCCUUUGGGGCUGCAGUAAAGGGGGCGGUGCGUUGCGAUGCCCCGCCUCCUUGCGAGCGUCGACUGCUCACCACCGUUAUGGUGCUUCUGGAAGUGAGCGCAGUGUCGUCCUUGGCAACGCUGGUGUUUACUCGUCACCUAGGAGACCUGAUGGCAGCGCUUUGUCAGUUAGGAUACUGUCCCCAACGCCCUGAAGGAGAGGUCACCGACAGCAGCAAGGGGCUCACUGUAGAAGAGCGGAAGAGUUGCAGACAAGCGCUUCAGGGCCUUCUGGGAAGGGUUUAUCAACCAAUCGUCAUCAAAGAGCUGCUGGCACUUCAGGGCGGAGCCAAGGCCGGUACAGGGGCCGGUGUGGCCCUGACGCGGGCUCCUCCCUGGCUCAGGUGUCUGUGUGGGCAGCUGCUUUCAGAGAGGUUGGUGCAGCCACACGGAGUCCAGGCUGUGGUCAGGGCCAUACUGGAGGGAGCCGGAGGUGGCGAUUCAGACUGGCGGAAAUGUGACGCUGUUGCCAAAGUACUUGCAACCUGCCCCCAGCAGUGUUCCUCUGCUGAGAGCUAUUACAGUCAAGUGUGCCCACAGGUCCUAGAGCUUCUACAUUUCAAGGACAAGAUCACGGCGCAGCAAUUCCAGCGGGUGGCCACCAGGGCGGCGCUCACCAUAGUGCAAGAUCAGCCUGAGUUUGGCCGGCGUUUCCUGCUGUCUCCACUCUUUGCAGCCCUAUGUCGCUGUGCAGCAGUUCCAGACAGUGUCCGUGUUGCAGGAGACGAUGUAUCCCAGCAUGCAGUGCCUGAGCUGGAGCUGACCCGCUGCGUGGAGGAUGUCUAUAAAAUUUGUGUGGUGGGUAACACUCCAUCAGCAGUGUUGCUGAGCACUCUGGGAGAUGUAGUUCCCAUCAUCUUCUCUCUCUUCUGUUUCACCAAGCAAAAUGUUUCCCACUUACGUGCCCCCUGUCAGGAGAUCCUGCUGUGGUACCUGUCUCACACUGAAACCUCAUCGGCGCUCUCACUGCUCAACGACCUGUGUGUCACGCAGAGAGACGGGGGCGGAGUCACAUCUGGAUUUCAGUUCUCGCCCAGCAGUGAAGGCGGAGCCACAUUCACCCGGCAACAGCCAAUCGGUGACGAGGAUGACGCUCUGUAUGAGAAGGUGUUUGGUGAGCAGUGGCGAGUGGGGUGUGUCGUGCAGCUGUUGGCUGAGAUGAAGGACAGUGACCUGCCUGGAGAUUUUUUCCUCUCACUACUGCACGCUCUGACGGAGUGGGCAGGCGAGGAGCAGGAGACAGACGAGGACGUGGACGCUGCGUUGAUGACGCUGCUGGAGUUGGAGCAGCGGCUGGAGAGGCGGGGCCAAGGGCGGGGCCAGAAGCUGGCCCUCCUCCACACCCUGGCGGUCAUGUGUGCGGAGCUUCCGCACACACUCCUGCUGCGGAAGGCCAGCCAGGUGGUGGGAUUCGUGGGAUCCAUGCUGCAGAGGGCAUGUGUGGGCCUGGAUCGGGGUUCCGAGGGCACCGUGGACAGUCAGACUCUUGGUAUGGGGAUGGGAUUGGUGGCUACCCUGUUGUCUGGAGCCGCACAGCUGACGGUGGAGGACUACUCCAGCAUGACUGAGCUACUGGUUCCCCUUGAGCAGGUCUCGCAGCGCCACCCAGAGGCUGCUGUUCAGGAGCUGGCGUAUGACCUGCGGGCUAGCAUUGCCACCCGUGGGGCGUACCACCCGGGCUCGGUGACCAGCGCCGCCCGCACCCUGAGUCGCCCAGCAGGCAGUGACGUACACCGGACCAGACAGGCUUCCCCCACGCCCGCCCACACCACUUUCUGUUCGAUCAGUCCACGGGCCGUCCCAGAGGUUGCUGCGUCUGGACCUCCACUAACUCGGCACACGGCCGCUACAGAUCAGACACGCGAUCCGGCAUCCAGAGAUGGGGAAUGUUCUGGAACGAUGGCUGCUGGCAUUAGCACACCUAGCCCCGUCUCCUCUGCUCCUGAGAAGGUCUUCUCUGAUUGGCUGCAGGAGGCCUGUGACCCAGAUGUGCCCACCCGGACCAUGGCACUGCGGGCCCUCACCCAAGCUGUGAGAGAAGGACUCAAGAGGGCGAUAGAGAGCCAGGAACAGCUGCUCAUGCUUUUUCUGGAGAAUUUGGAGCACGAGGACUCAUUUGUGUACCUGUCCGCCAUUCAAGGGCUUGUGGUGCUGGCAGAUUCGUUCCCUGAGCAGAUCCUGACCAGACUGUUGGCAGAGUACCAAGCGAACCCGAGCACAGCUUCAGCCAGCAGGGGGCGAUCUCUGGAAACGCGUCUCAAAGUUGGGGAGGCUCUGAUGAGAGCCUCCAGAGCCAUGGGCGAUCUGGCGCCACACUAUGGCCGUCCACUGGUCGGUGCGUUCCUGCGUGGCACCCGGGACGAGGACAGCAGCGUGCGUGCCAGCUGUCUCUCCAACCUGGGCGAGCUCUGCCAGCUCCUCCACUUCUCGCUCGGCCCCCUGGCACAGGAGAGUUCCCGGUGCUCCUUAUAUAGACUCAUCUGUGGACAAAACAACUUGACCCAUAUUCAGCUUUUGAGUGGCAGUGAGCCACAUAUGCCUAGACUAGGGUCAAGGGUCAAGUUGAGAUCAACAGGUGUGAGUCCCACAAAGGACGGCUCUUCAUCUCAAACGGAAAGGAGUGCUCACGGACCACCCAAGUCAGGACAAUUGAGCGUGUGUCUCACUGCCCUGAUAAAGACAGAGAGGGACGUGGAGGUUCGCCGGGCUGCUGUUUACGUCAUAGCUCUGCUCCUCAGAGGUCUGAGUGACAGAGCCCCUCAGGUGCUUGAAGACAUCCUGUUGGAGCUCUAUCGCGCUCUGAAGUGGGUGGUCCGCUCUGACUCUGAUGAGGUGGCUGUUCUCCAGGCUCAGCUGGCCCUGGAGGAGCUAGACAGUGUCAUGAGGAGAUUCAUCUUCCCUCAGCAGAAGCUGGAGAAGAAGAUCGUGGUUCUGCCCUGAUGCUGGCUCCUCCCUGAUGUUUCCUGACAUUCCCUGACUCCCUGAGGUUCCCUGACUCCCAAACUAAAACUCUCUCCCUAGUGUUCAGUUCCAUAAAGAGAUUUAUUGUUCUUGUACUAUUCCAAUUCUUUUGUAUCUAAAAAUAAAAACUCCAACUGUGUGAGGUUCCAUUUCGCCCAAGUUGUGCUUCUCCUGCAUAAAUCCACUUUAAAAAAGUAAUUAUUGCUUACACAGCCAUUUUGCACAUGUACAUUCUCACACACACACACACACACACCACACACACACACACACACACACACACACACACACACACUCGAUUGAAUAAGUAGGUGGCCACUCUAAGACCAACUGUCUCAGCUCUGUGUUUGAGUACGCAGCGCUUAGCUUUGUCGUGGGGACCCAAAGGUCAGGGAACAGGCUGAGGCAGAGCUCCAUGACUGUGGCAUAUGCUUCCCUCUGCACACAAGUCUCCGCUGGUGAAAGAGCAGUCGUUUGCUCUCCCCAUGCUGUUUGGACUCCGUGUAGGAAAAGCAGGAUUAUGACAUCACUGGGAACACUGGGAGACAAGACAGGGCAAUUUGCUCCGUCUUGUUAAGGAGCUCUGCUUUGUAUGCAUGUCGCCGGAACAUUCCUUGGCUGGAUUCUCUGGGUUUCUUGAACUGAUGGUGAUAUGGGAAAAAGGCUUAUAGUCCUUGAACACAUCUGAUCUGCUAUCUCAUCGAUUAAAGUGUUAGUGUGAGGAACUGAA